UCCCCUCGUUUUCAUCGACCACUCCCAUCUCCUCUCCCUUCUUAUUCUCUCUCUCUCUCUCUCUCUCUCUCUCUCUCUACAAAUCUCCUAAACAUUAUUUGCUUGUCAUUCAUUUCAUUCUGAUCUCUCGUAGCAUCUACUGAGACACAAGUUAGGUCUCUGUAGGCUUCGGAGAUAUGGACGCCAUCAUGCCCGUUUGCAAGACUGUUACUCCAACUCCGAGGUUAUUUUUUGGACAAACUGGAGAGAUCAGGAGUUCCCAAUGUAGCUUCAUGGUGGGAAAUAAAGUUAGCUUUUUGAGGCAGAGAGCUCAGGGUGCUCAGAUUAGUUAUAGAUCAAGGAAGCAUGCCGGAGCUCUCCAUGCUACAUGUCGUGCCGAAAAAAUCCUGGUGGCAAAUAGAGGAGAAAUUGCUGUUCGUGUUAUUCGAACAGCGCAUGAGAUGGGCAUUCCCUGUGUGGCUGUUUACUCAACAAUUGACAAGGAUGCGCUUCAUGUCAAAUUGGCUGAUGAAUCUGUUUGUAUUGGGGAAGCAGCAAGCAGUCAGUCGUACCUAGUGGUUCCAAAUGUCUUAUCUGCUGCCAUUAGUCGUAAAUGUACAAUGCUUCAUCCUGGAUAUGGUUUCCUAUCUGAGAAUGCAUCUUUUGUUGAAAUGUGCAAAGAACAUGGAAUCAACUUUAUUGGUCCCAAGCCUGAAAGUAUUCGCAUUAUGGGUGAUAAAUCCACUGCAAGAGAAACAAUGAAGCAAGCAGGUGUUCCAACUGUACCAGGAAGUGAUGGUUUACUAAAGAGCACAGAGGAAGGAAUCAAGCUUGCCGAGGAGAUUGGUUAUCCUGUUAUGAUCAAGGCAACAGCCGGUGGUGGAGGACGUGGCAUGCGUCUUGCUAAAGAGCCUGGAGAGUUUGUGAAGUUGUUACAGGCAGCAAAGAGCGAGGCUGCAGCUGCUUUUGGAAAUGAUGGAGUUUAUUUAGAAAAGUAUGUAGUAAAUCCCAGACACAUUGAAUUUCAGGUUCUUGCGGAUAUGUACGGUAAUGUUGUUCACUUUGGAGAGCGUGAUUGCAGCAUCCAGAGGAGGAACCAAAAGCUGCUAGAAGAAGCACCCUCUCCUGCGUUGACUCCAGAAUUGCGGAAAGCCAUGGGUGAUGCAGCAGUUGCUGCGGCAGCAUCUAUUGGUUACAUUGGUGUUGGAACCAUUGAGUUCCUUCUGGACGAAAGAGGUUCCUUUUACUUCAUGGAAAUGAACACUAGGAUUCAGGUUGAGCAUCCUGUGACAGAAAUGAUUUCCUCUGUUGACUUGAUUGAAGAACAAAUCCGUGUCGCUAUGGGAGAAAAACUUCGAUUGACACAGGAUGAUAUUGUGCUCAGAGGACAUUCAAUUGAAUGUCGUAUCAAUGCAGAAGAUGCUUUUAAAGGAUUCCGACCUGGGCCAGGUAGAAUAACAGCUUACUUACCAGCUGGUGGUCCAUUUGUUAGAAUGGAUAGUCAUGUUUAUCCUGAUUAUGUGGUUCCUCCAAACUAUGAUUCCCUUCUUGGAAAGCUUAUUGUGUGGGCACCAACAAGAGAAAAGGCAAUUGAUCGGAUGAAAAGAGCUCUUAACGACACUAUCAUAACAGGUGUUCCUACAACUAUUGAAUAUCAUAAGCUGAUCCUGGAGAUAGAGGAUUUCAAGAACGGGAAGGUCGAUACUGCUUUUAUUCCCAAGCAUGAAGAGGAGCUAGCAGCGCCCCAACAAGUGUUGCCUGCAUCCCCACCAAAAGAACUAGCUAGUGCAAGUGCGUAGAUGGACUGCUCCAGUAUCGCUACUUCCUGUUCUUUUUUACCACAUUUCAGAUGUGGAAAACACAUUCACUUUUUUGUACCUUAAUGUGUAAUUGAUGUUCCUAUUGUAACAGUUGUAAAAUUGACAUGCCUUGCAUUAUGGAAUUCCAUUUGAAAUUUUGAUAAGUUCCUAUAGUGAAAACUAGUGUCGCAUGUCAUAUAUAUAGAAUUAAUAAGGGUUCUGCAGACUCAUUCAUGCCAUCAUACUAUGCAAGAUGCUUUCUUUCAUUAUUGAGUUUCAUCCUAAUUCUGAUUGAAGUUGUCAUUUUUU